CAUCCCCCAGCUUGAAUAUCUUAUCCCCAAUUUCCUUUUUCGUCUUUUUUUUUUCCUUUUAUUUCCUUGAGUCAGUAUCUGGUAUAUCAACUUGUGCUUUUUUAUCCCUUCAGCAUAAAAACAAAAGAAAAGAAAAAUUAGUGCGCUUGUCGGCUGGUCCUUGUUACGAAAUCACCCAUCACAACAUCAUCGCCAUUGUCAUCUACCAAUCUGGUUAUUGGAACUCAGUGUGUUGGUUGGAAACCGAAACCGAAUCGCAAAAGAAAAACAUCAUCACCAUCUUCUCCUCUUUUACUCUUCACAUCCACAUCUUCUCUCACACACAAUGCGUCCAUCAACAUUCCUGGUAUCAUCACUGGCCAUCUUUGGGGCCCACGCUGCUCCGGCAAUCCCCAAGAUCGACCUCAAAAAUGUAGCCAACCCGGCGGCAGCCCUGGAUGCCCUGUCAAAUUACUUCAACCUGAUUGCAUCAAAGGUCCAGACUUCCAAAGUACAGCCCGUUGCGCCGAUAUGCGACAUGUCCAAGGCACAGAUGCCUGCUAUCAAUGGACUGCCACCUCCCUCUGCAGGCCUGACGCUGCAUCACGUUGCCGUCGGCCGCGGCACCCAGAACUACACGUGCGAUACCAGCAACCCCAGCUCAGCUCCCGUGGCCGUUGGAGCACUGGCCACUCUCUUCAACGUCAGCUGCGUCGCGGCCAUCAACCAAGAUCUGCUGGAAAAGGUCCCUGCCAUGGCCGUCAACUUCAACUUCGACGCCGUCACCUCCACGGGAUCACUCGGCCCCAUGACGCCUCCUCCCAUCUCGGGCCACCACUUCUUCGUCGACAGCACGACGCCCUUCUUCAACCUGGACACACCCACCCUGAACAUCGGCACAGUGCCCACCUCCAAGAACAACACCGUCGCUGCACCAGCCACGGCCGCAAAGGGACCCUCAGGCUCCAGCGCCGUUCCGUGGUUGAAGCUGCUUGCCAAGGAUGGCGCCACCGGCGGCAUCAAGGAGGUGUACAGAAUCGACACCGCCGGAGGCAGCGCGCCAGCUACAUGCCAGGGCCAGCCCGCCAACAUUGAAGUGCAAUACUCGGCAGUAUACUGGUUCUGGGGAAGCAACUAAAGAGCGAGUGAUGCGAUGGGCGAAAACUGGUACCAUGGGCGGCGGGCAAAUGUCCCUUAUUUUCUUCUUUGUAACUUGUUUUGAUCCUUACUUUCAUCACCCAAGUCUCGUAUAUAGACCUGGUAGUGUAUUUCAUUAAUUAUACGAGGGCUGGUUAGCGAUCUUUUCAUCUAAACAUGAAUCGACUUUGAACUGUAUCGGGUGA